GACAACUCAGUUUUACACGUGCUGAUUUGAAUUUUCGCUGUAUUACUGAGGUUUAUAGAAAUCAAAAACAAAUCAUUAAUCUGAAAGUAUUUUUAAAGAAGAAAUUUGAAGAAAGAGUUUUUUAAAAUUUUAAUUAUAGCAUAAAUUGAAUUUUUAAAGGAAGAAAAUGGGUUUCCGUGGUGGAAAUCGUGGUGGUGGACAUCGCGGAGGAGGUGGAAGGGGGGGAGGAGGGGGUUUCAGAGGAGGACGAGGAGGCCAAAGAAAUUUUGAUACCGGACCUCCAGAAAGAGUUAUUCCUUUCGGAACAUUUGCAUAUCCCUGCGAAGGUGAUCUCGUUUGUAAAGUAAACAUUGAAGAUGUUCCGUAUUUUAGUGCUCCAGUUUAUUUAGAGAAUAAAGAACAAGUUGGCAAAAUUGACGAAAUAUUUGGAACACUUAGAGAUUACUCUGUGUCAGUAAAAUUAUGUGAAAAUAUGAAAGCCUCCAGUUUUAAAAAGGAUCAGACGCUAUACUUAAAUCCUCAAAAGUUAUUACCAUUAUCUAGAUUUUUGCCAAAACCAAAAGGUGCUCCUGGUAUUAAGAAAGGUGGAGGAGGAGGAGGUGGUGGCCGUGGAAGAGGUGGUUCUGGGUCGAAUUUCAGAAAUGGUAGGGGUGGAGGUUUCAACCGCGGAGGAGGUGGAGGAAGAGGAGGAGGUGGCGGUGGAAGGGGUGGAAGAGGUGGAGGAGGAGGUGGAGGAGGAGGUGGUGGUGGAGGAGGAGGAGGUGGAGGUGGAUUUAGAAAAUUUGGAGGAGGAGGUGGUGGUAGAGGUGGCGGUGGCGGUGGAGGAGGCCGCGGAAGAUGGUAAAUUAAGAAGCACUUUCUACCUUUACAAUUGAGUAAUUAAGCAUCUAUUUUUAAAAAUAUAAUAAAAUAAAUUUUGUAUAUUAAAAUGUUUCAUUCAAUAUUAUUGUAAGUUGCUUUUAAUAAAACUUAGGUAUCAAAUAAAUUCUGAAAAUCUAAUA